GCACCCCCACCAUAUUACGACAUUACCGUCACAUUGACUACGUUGGCAAAUAACAGAUCAGGUUAAAGAAGGGCUGCAAUUUAAUGCUGUUAGGAAAGUUCGUUCACUGCUGACAUUUAUUCUACAAUGCAGCUGAAUAACUGGAAGGCAAUCAGCGGUGUUAUAGUACCUGCUGUUGUUUUAUUCAUUGCUGUUUAUUACUAUUACUAUUUUAAUAAACACAGCAGCGGAAUCAAUGAAACUAAACACGGCCUCGAUGAGAUUCUUUCUGGUCUCCUCCGGGCUGAAAAAAAAGUUGAUAAUCUUGCAAGGCCUCGAGUGGCACUAGGACUUGGUGGAUGUCUCGACUUGACCGUCAGUGCUUUAGCUUUAUUCCAAAAACUGGGAUUAGCUCCAUCGAACAAUUCUAAUGUUCAUCACGAAUCAAUCAGUUCUUUUGUUGAAUUGGAAGAAUUAUUCACUUAUUUCUUCACCUACGGAGCCGCAGCAGAGCGCUAUGUCCAUAACUCUUCAUUGUUUGAUGUAUUAUCGUCAAAUGCAGACAAUUUAAAGGACAAACAAUGGACUCUCGGUGGCAAUGCACCAGUGAUGGCCAAUCGAUUAUACCAUGAAGGAGCAGAUGUGCUUUUGGGUACAUCGUGGAGUGAAAAACUGCUUAAUUUGAUUCCAGAAGGAAUCAAAGUUGUUGGUCCUAAACUGUCACAUGAUGAUAUUCACUUAAUUUUGGAAUACAACAAAGGAGAACAAUGGGGAAAGAAAGUUUCACCUCGAGCUAAUCGAUUUAUCAUUCACAAUGAUAAAAGUAACCCUCAACUUACAUCAAUGGAAAUCUUUUCAAAAGAAUUGCUUAAAUUUAAACCUUCGUUGUUAAUUCUUGGUGGUCUUCAAAUGAUGGAUAAUUUUCCUUUUGAACCUGAUCAAAGACAACUUAAGUUAUCAGAACUGGAACAAAUGAUGUUAUCUGUUUCACCUGAAACCAAAAUUCAUUUUGAAUUUGCAUCUUUCGCAAAUUCUGAUCUGUUGAGUGAAAUAAUAAACAAAGUUGUCAUACAUAGUGAUUCACUUGGUAUGAAUGAACAGGAGCUGCCAAAUUUAGUGACUGCUCUUAAUGAUGGCAGUGUCACAUUAAUAUCUGAUGCCUAUCCAAGAAUUGCAACUGUUUUAGAUCAGAUGCGAUUUGUAUACAACCAUCUUCAAAACAGAACAAAUAACAUAAGUAAGCGUAAAGUCACAAGACUGCAUGUACAUACACUUGCCUUUCAAGCUAUUUUAACUGACAAGUCUUCAACAUGGAAACAUUCAAUGUCAGCCACAGCUAAAGCUGCAUUAACUGCUCACCGUCAUGUUUGUGGAUCAGUUGAUAUCGAUACCUUAAAAGCCAGGCUCAUCAUGGAUGAUUCCUUCUCGACAAGUCAAGUUGAGUCUGGUCAACGAAUCCCACUCCAGAAGGACCGUCCUGUCUCAUGCUGGAACGAAGAUGAUUAUGAAAUAUGUGUUGCCCCUGUUCUUGUAUGCACCCAGAUUCUCAAAACUGUUGGGGGAGGAGAUAACAUUUCCUCUGCAGGUCUUGUUUUACAGAUUUAAUUUGUACAAAAGAAAGGAUCAAAUGGGAGAAGUGUUCAGCUUCUCGUUAUUUUCAUAUUAAAUUUUUUCUUAGAGUUGAGAAGGUUUAAACAUUGUCCUUAUUAUCUCCACAAGCAAUUCGCCAUACAAUCUACAUUUUAUUACAUACAUAAUUCUGAAUUAAUGAGGUGAAAUUCAUUACAUAUGAAACUUAUAUCUCCAGCUGUAUGAUUUCUAUUCAUAAUCAGAUGAUAGCAUGGAAAACAGAUGUUAAAUGAUGAUGAUGAUAUAUAUAUAUAUAUAUAUAUAUAUAUAUAUAUAUAUCCAUAGUUGAGUAAUGAUCCAGGAAAGAAGUACUGAAUAUAAACAUAGAAUGCAGUAGUUUAUUUAUGUCAAUCCACAGGUUGUUUGUCUGGAGUUCUAACAGCAUGCAUCUCCUUUUUCAAGCCAGUCAGAUUGAUAUAUAUAUAUAUGCUCACUACAUUUCUAGGUCAAGAGAAUUGACUCUACAUAUCCUUAGCUUCGGCCAAUAUUAUUUGCAUUAGUUUUAGACUAAGCAUUGUAGCUGCACUUUGGUACAUCAGAUGUAGUAUCUGUCUUAGUCCUCUUAAUAAUAUAAUAUAUAUAUAUAUAUAUAUAUAUAUAUAUAUGUAUGUAUAUAUAUCAGUUGAUGAACACAAACAUGAGGGCUAAGUUGAAGUUCCAUUCCUAUCAGAAAUAACUUAGUCUUUAAAUUUUUUAUAAAAUGAAGUCAAAACAAUGAUUAAUACUCACAGUCUAAUAUCAAAUUGAUUGAAAAAACAUUUUCAUAUGGGAAAAUAACAUUUACUGUUUAUUAACAAAUCAUAUAAGAUAGUUAUAUUUAAGUGAUUCCUUAAAACACUAUCAACAAUCUUAUUUUAUAUGUGAACCUUCUUUGGACAGUUUUUGGAAGACUAAUAUUUGUCAAAUUUCUAGAUGCCAAAAAACGUCACAUGUUUUUUAAAAGUUCUUUUCCAUAUUUCUAUAUAUAAUAUUUCAAAACUUUUCACAAUAAACAAAAUUUAUAUUUACAAGAAUUUAUGGAACACACAAUAUAUUGCAAUAACUAUAGUUUUUCAUUAGAACAUGACUGAAGGUUCAUGUAAACUUUAUUCUCAGCCUUUUACCUUCCACUUAAAGCCCAUAAAACAAAAUUAUAUUAAAAGUUUUCUACAUAAUUGCUCGAGUUUAAUUUUUUAACAAGGAAAGAAGAGUGUAGGGUGUCUGCAAUUUCUUGAGAUUUAUUAAAAUAUAUUUGUUCUCAAGUACAGAAUUUGGGUUUAACUGGAUCAGGUGAGAGAGAGGAUUAUUUUUCCAAAGUUUCUAAAUUGUUUUAGGAUAGCUGAAUGCAUAGCUGUAUAAAUUGCAGCAGUCGUGAAUUAUAAACUUUGCUUACUUAGAUCUUGUAGUGUAGUUUAGAUUUUUUUAUGUUUGUGUUCUUUGGAUAUAGUUUAUUAUGGUCUGAAUCAUGAAUUUUGGGGACGUCUAGAAAAUUCACUUCAUAUUUUUCUCAUUUUGAAGGAAUUUAGUCUUUUAUGCUUUUGAAAACCUCUAUAAUCAGAUUUACUGUGUGUGUAACUCUUAUAAUUUUUAUAGUUUUUUUUUCCUGAAGUUGAAGGUGAUGAAAAAUAGGAAAAUUUGGUCUCUUUUUAUGUGGUGGUGAGUAGAGGAGAAGCAAAAGAUAUUGCUUCUAUUCUACAGCAUUUAUAGUUAAAAUAAAAUUCUUACAAUAGGUAAAACAGCCAAAUA